GCCCUUCAUGCGUCAUCCGUCCAGCGCAUAAAAGCGUUGCCUUCCCGAGAAAACGAAUCUCUUGAAUCGAAUUGGAACUCCGUCUGUAAUCCCUUAUUUGCGGUAUUGCCCACGACUCCUCGCGAAUUAUAUAUACCUUCUCAAAGGCCCUGGAGCCUUAAGUCAUCCAUCUAUCUCACUCCGUGGAGACUCUUCGGACAGGCUGUGCGCUGUUCCAGACACAUACAGAGCGGCAAAGAAAAAGCAAAGUUUUGGUUGUCAUGGCAGACCAACUACACAUCAUUCUCACCACGUCGAGUGUGGCGUUCAUCACGGGCUUUGGACUCGGCGUUUACGCCAUUCGCGGCUACCUGAUCUCUCCAGAGUUGACCGCUGAGCGCGAUGGCAACCUAAAAGACCCCGUGGAAAGCGACGAGUCGGAUAUCGACGAGAGCGACACCAUCCUCGACCACGCACCGAAUUGGGCCAAUGGAGAGGCUGCUGAUCGCCGCGAUGGUCUGCGCCAAGCCGCUGCAGUCAGGCGGACACCUACCGUCGUGGACAAUGGCAACGAAGAAUGCAAGCUCGUUCUGGUGGUGCGGACGGACUUGGGCAUGACUAAAGGUAAAAUCGCGGCCCAAUGCUCCCACGCGACACUCGCCUGUUACAAGUCCCUCUCUCGCGCAGCUGCCAAGAACGGCCCUUCAUCCCCGGAAGCCCGAAUCCUCAACCGCUGGGAGAAGCUCGGCCAGGCCAAGAUCGCGGUACAAACGAAGAAUGAGGAGGAGCUCAGGAAUCUGCGGAAGACGGCGUGGGAUUUGGGCGUCACUGCCGAGGUCAUUGCCGACGCUGGCCGGACCCAGAUCGAGGCGGGAAGCUUGACAGUGCUUGGAGUCGGACCGGCACCUAGAAGUUUGGUCGACAAGGUUACAGGACACCUUAAGCUACUCUGAGGUCAUGUCGGGGAGGUGCGAGCCCGCUGUGUAUGAGCGAGUGAAACCGGUGACCAUAGCGGUACCGCGUGCAAAUGAACGCGACGAACGCGGCGAACCAUGUGAAGGCCGUCAAUGCUGGCAAAUAAUAGAAACUGAGCAUGUCUCCCUUCAGACUGGGGCUGGAGUUGGAAGUCCGGUGGGUAUGAGCUGUGCAAAUAACAAAUUACACUCACAACUGAGU